AGAAAAGUACAGAAGGCAGGCAAAGCAGGGAAGAUGGCGGCGCCUAUGAGAAACGUGGAUGAGAUCCGCGACAGAGUGAUUUUGGGUGAAUUUGGAGUUAGAAAUGUUCAUUCUACAGAUUUCCCCGGAAAUUAUCCUGGUUAUGAUGACACAUGGGAUCUAAGGAAAUUUAAAAAGAAUUUUAGGCUCGACGUUGUUCACAUGGAUGAAAACACGCUGGAGUUUGAUAUGGUGGGUAUAGAUGCUGCCGUUGCUAAUGCUUUUCGUCGGAUAUUACUCGCCGAGGUUCCAACUAUGGCGAUUGAGAAGGUUUUCAUUUACAAUAAUACAUCUAUCAUUCAGGAUGAGAUCCUAGCCCAUAGACUUGGUUUGAUACCCAUCAAAGCUGAUCCUCGUCUCUUUGAGUACAGAAAUGCUGGGGAUGAAGAAGGCACAGAAAUUGAUACAAUUCAGCUUCAACUGAAAAUCAAAUGCACAAGGAAUCCCAGGGCCUCAAAAGACUCGUCAGAUCCCAAGGAGCUGUACCUGAAUCACAUGGUAUAUUCAAAGGACAUAACAUGGGUGCCCAUUGGAAACCAGGCUGAUGUGUUUGCUGAUGCUAAGAUUGGCCCUGUGCAUGGGGACAUCCUCUUGGCGCAGCUACGGCCGGGACAAGAGCUUGACAUAGUUAUGCACUGCGUCAAAGGAAUAGGCAAGGACCAUGCCAAGUUUUCCCCAGUGGCCACUGCUAGCUACAGACUACUCCCUGAGAUCACGUUACUGCAGACUAUUGAAGGAGAAAAGGCUGAGAGACUGAAGCGUUGCUUCUCAACUGGAGUCAUAGAAGUAGAGAAUAUUGAUGGAAGACAGGUGGCCAUUGUAGUUAACAGUCGCCUAGACACGUGCAGCAGAGAAGUGCUCAGGCAUGAAGACCUAAAGAGUUUGGUAAAACUAGGAAGAGUACGGGACCACUUCAUAUUCUCAGUGGAGUCCACUGGAAUCCUACCGCCUGAUGUCCUGGUCAGUGAGGCAAUUAAUGUACUUAUUGCCAAGUGCCAGAAGUUCCUCACUGAGCUUGAUUCUACAGAAAUGGAAUAGAGGAAAGAAAAUUGCAGCAUGUUUACUGCAGCCACCAUUAGCAGGAUCUUAAGCGCUUGAAACUGUUAUGUGGAACUGGGUAGCUGAAGUGGUGCAUGGCUGGGAAUUGUUUAUUUUCCUAUUUAUAACCUGACUAGCACUGGUGUGGUGAAUCUCAAGCUUCUAAUUUCUCCUGAAAUUUGCCAUGUCAUGACACAUUGUACAAUCCCCUUUUUUGUAUUAAACUUCUGUUAUUGAUAAAAUAUCAGUAUUGUACUUAGAAUUCUCCCUUCGGAACAUUUGUGUAUUGAUUGGUUGCCAUAUUUGGAUUGUGGUGAAGUUCUCAUUUCUUAGAUUCUUAUGUACUAUUACGCUCUUUUUUGUUUUUUUUUUGUUGUGUGUGUGUGUGUGUGUGUGUGUGUGUGUGUGUGUGUGUGUGUGUGUGUGUGUUUAUGGUCUUGGUCAUAUUUCUUGUGUUCUUAAUUAUGCUUAGGUUUUAGGAAGCUGUUCCAGAAAUCCAGAAGUUCAAGCCUCAAGCUAUUUUUCAUUGAAAGUAGUUAAACUAUAACUACUUUUUAAAAGCAACCAGCUCCUCCCAAGCGUAUUAUUUGGGAGCAUUUCUGGAGAGUUGGCUAUAGGAAAGCACUGUGGCAUUUAUGUUAUCCUGAUCAGUGAGCUGUUUCUCUGUACCGGCCACUGAAUGACAACUGGUGCACUGGGAGCAUACAAAUGUGGGUUUAGAAAAACAAAAACGAAAAAAGCUUCUGAAAAAACAUAUGAUGCACAGGUUUGCUGUAUGCUUGCUUUGCUCUCUUCAAGAGAACAUAAUUUUACAGUCUGACAACAGUUGAAUGCUUUAAUGCACUCUUUUGUCUUUUAUAUUUUUAUUGUCAUCCAUCACAAUAGAUUUCCAUUCAGAAGA